CUCGUCUGGUACGUUGGGCUCUGGAUGACCAGGCUGAACUAUUGGUUGAUCACGAGUUACUUCAUCCUGGCAACUCACAGUUGUACAUCCGAGUUUGGGUGCGAACUUACUAGCCGCCACGAGUGUCAUAUCAAGCGGUCGCGUAAGCCUUCAAUCAUUCAUCACAGAAGCUCGUGCUUUCCUGCCGUCGGGGAGUCGACGGCGGCCUCGCGCUCAUAUUACGCUCACACGAACGGGUCAUAGUCUAGGUCUACCCCUAAGUGACUCGCGAUGUCCGCCUCCGGCGGCAAGUUCCUUUCCCAAGUUUCAUAAAUUGGCCUCUCCAGAAUGACAGUCACUUCUGCAGUCUUGUACCACGUGGUUUCUCCUCUCAUUAUUUUGAGAUGAGCCAAGUCCAAUUGUAGUGGUCGCUGCUCC